UUCCCGCAGCUCCCCGCCUCUCCGCGCACUCUCCCGAGAGCUUCAAGAUGGUGCGUGCUAAGACUUGGAUCCUGAAGAAGCAUUUUGAAGGCUACCCGACUCAUAGUAACUUUGAGUUGAAGACAACGGAACUCCCAGCCUUAAAAAAUGGAGAGCUCCUGCUGGAAGCUUUGUUCCUCACUGUGGAUCCUUAUAUGAGAGUGGCAGCCAAAAAGAUGAAAGAGGGUGAGAAGAUGAUGGGCCAGCAAGUAGCCAGAGUUGUGGAAAGUAAAAACUCAGCCUUCCCCGUGGGAACCACUGUGGUGGCUUCUUCUGGUUGGACAACACACUGCAUUUCUGACGGGACAGGCCUGGAAACGCUGCCUGCAGAAUGGCCGGACACUUUACCCCUGUCUUUGGCUCUAGGGGCAGUCGGCAUGACAGGCCUCACAGCGUACUUUGGCCUGCUUGACAUCUGUGGUGUGAAAGGAGGAGAAACCGUGAUGGUCAAUGCAGCUGCAGGAGCAGUGGGUGCUGUUGUGGGGCAGAUAGCUAAGCUCAAGGGCUGCACAGUGGUUGGAGCAGCAGGGUCUGAUGACAAAGUGGCCUACAUUAAAAAACUCGGAUUCGACGUUGCCUUUAACUACAAGACCAUAGCGUCUUUGGAAGAAACUUUGAAAAAAGCCUCUCCUGAUGGUUAUGAUUGCUAUUUUGAUAAUGUAGGAGGGGAGUUUUCAAAUGUUGUUAUCCCCCAAAUGAAGAAAUUUGGAAGAAUUGCUAUAUGUGGGGCCAUCUCCACCUAUAACAGUACUCGUCCGCUUCCCCCAGGUCCACCCGCCGAGAUUGUCAUCUAUCAGGAACUCCGCAUGGAAGGGUUCAUCGUCUCCCGCUGGCAAGGAGCUGUACGCCAGAAAGCUUUGAAAGACUUGCUGACCUGGGUCUCAGAGCACAGCUGCAGAAAGACCGCCCUGACGCCAAAGACUGGGAUCUGCACUCCGGAGGAAGAAGCUCAAGGCAUCAGCUCCCAGAAGAUGCUGCUGGACACUCCAAUUCCAACAGACUCCUGGACAAUGCGGACGUCUCCCCAAAGGGUGACUGACCUGUACACUUAA